CACACCUGAAGCUCUUACGGUAUAUCGCGUCUCGUUUCGACACUUACCAGGGGAGCGGCGGUCUUCACGGCCCAGGCUCGACACCAUGACCCCCGCUGAUGUUGAUCGGCUUUUGCGCCCAUUAACCAUCAAGGAUCUGAGGCUUCUAUGUCGCGGGAGGGCCUUGAAUCCUGCAGGCGGCAAAGAACAACUGGAAGAUCGCCUUAAGCAACACAUGCUGUCUACUGGCAACUUCUCUACUCAAGUCCCUGGAGAAGGACCCGAGCAGCCGACGCCCCCGGGUUACGCUGUUGCACCACAAGGUUAUCAGCAAUACACAACCGGUGUCAACAACAACAACUAUUCGCGCCCUGGUGGCCAGCAGAACGUGGGAAACUUCAUCACGGAUCGGCCCUCGAGCCACGUGACGGCGCCGCCUGGCGGCCACAGCUCCGUGCAGCUUGGGGGUUACACAGAGCCGCAGCCUGCAGGCCAUUACCAGCAGCCACCCCCGAUGCUGCAAGCCCCGUACGCCUCGUCUAUGCAGAAUGCAAACGCUUAUGGCGCCACAUCAGGUGAUGUCCGCGGUGGAAGCCUUGCCAACAAUUAUUCGCGCCCCGGCGGCCAACAGAAUGUUGGCAACUUCAUCACGGACCGGCCGUCAAGCAGGGUCUUGGCACCACCUGGCGGCACAUCACAGAUCUCAUUUGGCGACUACGGCGCGCAGCCUCCGCCAUCGCAUAAUGUUGGUCAUGGUGCGCCGUACAGUGGCCCUGCGCCACCGUAUGGGGUGUCAGCACCCCAGCAGCAUGGCUACGGUCAUGGAAGCCCCGUCGUGGUGGGGCCCGACGGUCGUCCCGUGACGGCCGGUGAGUGAAAGAGACGGCAUUUUUAUCUCUUAUCUGGAUAUAACACCUGGUCAAGUGAUGUCUGUGACACUGGGCCUAGGUUGGCGUGCCAUGUUACCCACUUUGCUUCAACUGUACAAAGUAGGCAUCCAACGACUAGGCUUUCUGCAUCCUCUAUCUUCCUAAGUUGCCACGUGUUCUGGAACGCCGAGAGAACAGGUGCCAAGUCGGCAGAGGCCGCUCAGGGUCGUCUCUCCAACAACUACUCACGCCCGGGC